AUGAUUGGCCUGGAGCCGGUGCGGUUCGAAGCCAAGGAAGCUCUGGGUAUCACAAAUGGUACUGCUACGAGCGCCGCAGCGGCCUGUGUUGCCAUGCACCAGGCUCAUCAACUCGCCACGAUGUCGCAGUUCCUUACCGCUAUGGCAACCGAGGCACUACGAGGCCGGCAGUCGAACUACCAUCCGUUCAUAUCCCAAUGUCGACCGCACCUGGGCCAGGUGGAGGCCGCUGCCAACAUACUACGUUUUCUCUCCGGAUCCAAGCUGACCAGAAAGGGAGACGACCAUGCCGAAGGCCUCGUCCAAGACCGAUACCCUCUUCGAACCGCGCCCCAAUGGAUUGGUCCCUUGCUUGAAGACUUGAUGCUAGCUCAACAGCAAGUACAAGUUGAGAUCAACAGCACCACGGAUAACCCCCUCUUUGACGUCGAGACCGAGACCGUACAUCAAGGAGGGAACUUUCAAGCGCUAGCUGUCACUUCUGCCAUGGAAAAGGCCUCAUCCUCCAUGCAACUAUUGGGCAAACUCAUGUUCGCUCAAUGCACAGAGCUUCUCAACGCUAAGCUCAACGACUGCUUGCCGCCCAACCUCGCCGCUGACAACCCGAGCAAGUCAUUCACAACGAAGGGGUUGGACAUCACCAUGGCAGCGUACAUGUCUGAGCUGGCCCACCUAUCCCACCCCGUGUCCGCGCAUAUUCAGAGCGCAGAGAUGAACAACCAGUCGAUCAACUCGCUUGCGUUGAUCGCCGCUAGGAACGCGUUGGAGAUGACCGAGAUCUUGUACCUCAUGGUGGCAACGUACAUAUACGCCCUCUGUCAGGCUCUCGACCUGCAAUGUCUCCAUCUUGAGUUUUGCAGCGUGACAAGGCCCGCGAUGCUGGAAGUUGCCCAGAAUUGUGUCGGGUUUCACAGAGCUGCUGACGGAGCGGACGACAUUGCCCAGCGCUGUGGCGAGAUCCUGCUCCAGAAGUGGAACGGCCUGGCCAACCUCGACGUGGAGGACCGAGGUCGAGCUGCUGCGCGAGAAGCGAAGGGUGAACAACUUGAGGUCUUGGCCCCGUACUUCGAGGGCAUGCAUCCUGAGGAGUUGAUCAUUGCCGUCAAGGCCAUGGACGCUUACACAAAGCAAUCCGCUGAAAGAAUCAGUCAUGAGUAUCGCAAGACACGCUUCCGCUUUCUGGAGAACCCCAGCACAGGCACAUAUCUCGGGGUUGCUUCAAAGGCAAUCUAUAUAUAUGUCAGGAAAACUCUGGGCGUUCCGAUGCAUCGCGGUUUGCAAGACUACCCGCCAACACUGGAAAUCAAUGAAAACCUCGGGGAGCCGGGAAAGAAGACCAUAGGCACCUUGACCAGCGAGAUCUAUGUCGCCUUGCGCAGUGGGUCAAUGCACGACUUGUUGAUGUCGACAGUUUCUAGCUUAGACUUUAAAUAG